UUUACAUCCUGAGCAGGAGCAGCGGAGUGUCCUGCACCGCUCCACCGACAAAAACACGCUUUGCCCGGGCAAAAAGCCGAGGACAGGCCGCUCUUCUGCACAACUACACUCAGUGUUUGUGCGACAGGAUGGGAGGGGCCGUGAGCGCGGGCGAGGAUAACGACGACCUCAUUGAUAACCUGAAGGAGGCGUACUACAUCCGCUCUGAGCUGGUGGAGCGGGCGUUCAGAGCUAUAGACCGGGCGGACUACUACCUCGACGAGUACAGGGACAACGCAUACAAGGACCUGGCCUGGAGACAUGGGAACAUCCACCUGUCUGCUCCCUGUAUUUACUCUGAGGUGAUGGAGGCUCUGGACCUCCACCCAGGACUCUCUUUCCUCAACCUGGGCAGUGGGACGGGGUACCUCAGCACCAUGGUGGGGCUCAUCCUGGGGCCUUUUGGAGUGAACCACGGCAUCGAGCUCCAUGCAGAUGUGAUGGAAUACGCCUAUCAGAAACUGGAGCGCUUCAUCAAGACCUGCGACAGCUUUGACAGGUUUGAGUUUUGCGAGCCAUCCUUCGUGGUGGGGAACUGUUUGGACAUCCCUCCGCACUCGAGGCAGUAUGAUCGGGUUUACUGCGGUGCCGGUGUUCAGAAGGAGCACGAGGAUUACAUGAAGAACCUGCUGAAGCUUGGAGGGGUGCUGGUCAUGCCCCUCGAGGAGAAGCUGACAAAAAUCACUCGCACUGGGACCAACAGCUGGGAGACCAAAAAGAUCAUCUCUGUGUCAUUCGCUCCUCUGGUCCAACCCAAACCGAGCAACGGGAGACCCAGGACUGUGCCUCUACCGCAGUACGAGGUGCGCUCUCUACAAGAGCUGUCUCGAUUCUGUAUCCGUCACGCUCUCAGAGUUAGCCCAGCCCCUCACAGCUCACCUCGGGGCCGGGCAGCGUUCGGUGUUAGUCGGGGGCUGGCGGUCGCUGGGCUCCACAAAUACGGCUCCAGGUUCAAACGGCGCCGAGUCCACAGACGCCACUGCAACGCUCUGGUGCUAGCAACCAGACAGGUGGUCGCUAGCACACACAGCAGUAUAGUCCCCACCCCCCCCGACGGUAACAACAACCAGGGAGUUGGUGCAGUCUCUGGAGUGGGCGGUGUCCUCGAAGAGGAGGAGGUGUCUGGGGAGAGAGGGACGUCCGGUGAGAGGGCGGUCGUGCGAAACCAGAGGAGAGGCCGAAGAGUGUGCAGGAGCCUGGAGGAGGAGGAGGAGGAGGAAGAGGAGGAGGGAGGAGAGGGAGAUGAAGAGGAGGCUGUGGGAGAGACGGAGGAGGAGAGGGAGACAUUGGAGCUGCUCAGACCCCAGCCCUCAGUGAACCUGCUCAGGGAGAGGAUCCUGGCUCUGCCCCUCCCAGAACCACUCAAACUCUACCUGCUGUUCUACAGGGAGAAGUGACACAGAAACUGAUCUGUCGCUGCCCCUUAAAGAUGUACCUGCUCUGCUACAGAGAGAAGAGCGCCCCCUACAGCUGUGUGCAAGUACGGCCCAAUCACAGGCCGAUGACUCCGCCACAGCCCGCCCCCUACCUGUGAGAGGCAGGACUGCAUCUCAGACACUGCUCCCUCCGACCCCUCUGUCCAUUCAAAGAUACACGCGAUCACACGGUUUGUGCCGACAGGAAGCGGAAGUCUGAGAGAAAAGACUUAAAGACGACUUCAAAACGUAUUUAUUUUGUAAGUUUGUAAUGAGCAGAGCCAGUUUUCUGUCUCAUUCUCUGGUAGUUUCAUAAGAAGCCUCCAAAAGUCAAACCCAUAAUUGUUUUUCCCUGAUCAUUUCUAGCAAUGACAAGCUCCAUUCUCCUGCUAUAUUUAUCCAACCAAACCACAACAUCUGGGAGGGCAUCUGACACACCACAACAGCUGCAGAUUAACUAGACACAUUUGACCUAUCCCCAUCUCAGACCAUAAACUGGUUUUGCUUAAAAUGUAGUGGUCUAAACUACAGGGUGAGCAGCUUUUACGCAGAAUAAGACUCCAUGGAGGCCCAGGGAGGGCAUCUGACACACAGGGGGAGGGGGCACCUGAUACAUAGGGAGGGCAUCUGACACACAGAGCCAUUAGAUUACAUACAAAUUUAUACCCAGGCUGCUGCUAAUGUUAUAAAGGUCUUGAAAUCUUCCUGAAGGAGACAGGAAAAUGACCAAACAAGGCUUGGGGGAGGGGCUACUCGACCAUCUGACCAUAGGAACGGUUUUGACCAAACUUGUAUUGUACAACUCUGCAAAAAAUCCACAUGAGUAAAAAUGACUUCUACUGAGUAACAGCUGAGUAAAUAGAUGUGUGAUUUAUUUUAAAUGUUGGAUUGUUCUGGUGGACGGCCUGCUGCUCUUAGUAUUCUCAAACUUUUCAAAAAGCUUUGGAAUUUUAAAUAAAUCUCUGGACUUCAGUUCUGUCUAGAAUCAUCCACAAACACAUUAGCACUCUUGUGGGUUUUUUCCAGUGCUGUUUCUUGUUUUGCCUUUAGCUAUAAACCUGAAGAUUGUUCUGAGAUGAUCAAACCUCGUAGAGUGUUUGGAGUUGGCUUGGGUCAGUGUUUACUUUGUUUUAUAUCUUUAUUUCAUGUCAUAUUUUCAACAUAUUUACUCCUAAUCAUAACAGUAACAUAACAUAACAUCCCACAGUAACCUCUCGUACACGGAGUGUUACCAGACCAGGACACCAGCAUGAGUUUUGUUUAACUGCUUUGGUUUUAUUGUUUAAAGCUGCACUGUGUAACUUUUCCACCUCCUGUUUCCAUGGAGAUGUAUGUGACUGAUUUGUCUGGAACGUUUUAGAGCAAUGUUUCUCACAGGAUCAUGUCUGUUUAGAACUACAGAAGAAAUGAUGUAGUCCUGUUAUAGACCUGGUUUAGAUCUGCUGGGACACGGAGAGCAAAUAGUUUUCUUUGCUAGUUUAAGCAGUUACACAGCAAUUAUUAUUAUUCUAUCCUGUACCUGGUUACACAUUCAACCCGCCAGUUUGUACAAGAUGGACCGGUGACUAGGUUCAGAAGGAGGGUUAUAAAGGCCACAGGUAAAGCUUAGGUGAAAUGUAUUAAAAAUAACAUUCACUCACAAAACAAAACAAAAUACACCCCAGUGUCCCCAUCCGAGCUCAGAUUAUGUAAAGUCCUGUCAGCUUAGUAGUCACUUAUUAGUUAGUCAAGUCAAAAUCCUUUGAUGCAGUGUGGUACCGUCCUACCACAGUCCAGUUGUCCAUCGUGGUAGGAGAACAGCCUGCUCUCUCAGAAGGGCAAACUUUGGUUUGGUUCUGUUCAGUUCAAACAGGAAGGCUCACCAUCCCCCUCGUCAGGGAGAAAUCCAGUUCCAAGGUCCACUCUAAAAACCUAACCAUGACGCUUCAGUGGUAUAUUUCCACAGAGUCCAGUCCCUUCAGUCCAGUUCCCUGCAGGUCAAGUUGAUUCAAACACAGUGGAGAGGUGGGUCAGGUCUAGUCCUCUGACGUCUCAGUUCAAUGAUGUGUUCAGAUUUAAUAAAUUGGUUAUAGCUCAGGUUCAAGUUGUGUGUGUGCUCUGCCUCUCUCCCUCCGCUGAAAAAAGAGAACAAGUGCAUGCAGGCUUCAGCAGCGAGGGGCGGGGCUAGUUGCAGUCUUGAGCCAAUAAGGAGUCAGCAUUUCUAUUUCAGCCUAUGACAGGUGUGAGGUUAGUCAGCAGAUAUGAUUAUCAUCUCAGCAAAUAAAGUUUUACAUCUGGGUCCUAAAACACACUGGGUUACAAAUGGUAAAAAAUCUGAAACCCAUGAAGAGUGUUAAACGGCUCAAUUACAGGUGUAUCCAUGGAGACAGAUGAGGUAUGGUAUUAACCAUACUGUAAAAGUUACGCACUGCAGCUUAAUAUAAUGUACACGUUUGGAAUAAUUUAACUGUUAUCUAUAUACAUCAGUUUAAAUCAGGCUAAGAACAGUAUUUGCUAACUCUGAACUUGAUUAACUGUAUAGUGUGUGUGUGUAUGGACUUUAAAAACACAGAGGAGCUGCAUGGAUGACCACCUGAUGAUGUCACAAGGUGGAACGAAAUGUGACUAAAUCUGCAGGAUUACUGAAACAUGUGAAUGAAACAAAACACAGGGUUAAAGCCCCACUGCAAAACAUUUCCUCACAUCAGAACAGGGUUAAAAGGAAAAAAAAAACAAAAAAAAGCAGGUUUAGCAGGGGCCUUUAAAGAGGGGGUAUUCUGCAAAAUCAGUUCCUCCCAUGUUCUAACACUGUUCCCUCAUCAAAAACAUGUCUGAAGAGGUUUUAGAUGUCAUCCAUGCAUGUUUGAGUAAUCCAGCGAUCUCUCCCGGGUUCUAUUCAAACCCUCCUUACGGUUAGCAGUACGAGCCUGUACAAGGCUCCACCCACAAGUCUACGUCACCCAUGCUCCCACAUGACAAUCCUUCAUAAAUACACAAAAACAUGAUACAAAACUGUACACAGCAACUUGACAAACCUGAUGUGAUGUGCAGUAGUUUCAUUAGUGGGAUGAGGCUGUGUUGUGAUAGUGCUCUGAAGAGAGAGUGACUUAGCACAGAGAGCAAAGGGAGGUAGACUCAGAGCGUCAGAAACAAGUGAUGCGAACAUAGCAUUUUUACAACAAUAAAAGGAAACAUGGUGAUCUAAAUAUGUUCUGUGUUACACUUAAUACCCCAUAGAAGUAAAGUACCCCCUCUUUAAUACCCCAUAUAAGUAAAAUACCCCCUCUUUAAUACCCCAUAGAAUUAAAAUACCCCUUUUAUUGUGUAUAUUAAUAUGUCAUUUUGAAUUCACUUUGACGAGCUUAAGUAGUUGUACAGUCGUUUGCCUCGUGUGAGUCACUAAAGGAUUUUUUUCAGUUUUUUUUUUAGCUACACUGCAAAAAAAUCUGGCAUGUGUUAAAAAGGCUUGGAUUCAGUGGUUUGAUUUGAGAAGUUCUGAGUUUAAACAGUAAAUAGAUCUGUGCAAAUUAAUCAAAUAUGAACAAAAUUGUUGUGUCCCUCUAAACCUGUUCAUCCUCUACAGGUUAAUUUAACUUAAAACACACACACAAGGUUGGAAGAUUCUUCCAUAAUCUUCUAACCUCGUAUUAGCUGUAUAUUUGUUCAUUUGUGGGAAGAAAAUUGCACUUGUAAUUGAUUAAAUGGAAGAUAUACAAGUUUAAUGAAAUACUGUGAAACUUUCCAAGUGUAAAAAAAACCAAAACAAACCCCUUGUGAAACAUGUACUCUUGGGCACCUUUCCACAGAUCUGACCUGUAACUUUGCUUGGAAUGUUCCACAGUAUGGCAUUAAACAUAUGUAUCUCCACCUGCAAAGAUGAGCAGGUGUAAUCUUUAACUAAAUCUAAACUCCGCUCAGAUGAAGCCGCUUUAAUCCAUGCCGAUGUUCUUUAUUGCAGUGCGUUUCCUCUGUGCCAAACCGGAAGCUCAAACAGCAUUUAUCCCGUUCGCUAAGGGACUGUUCCACUUUAAAAUGCCUUAAAUGUUUAGGAACACUUUGGGAAUGUGUAAGAUUGUUUCAAAUCAAAUUCACAAUCUUAAAUCGCACACACACAAACAUUCUACUUCUGAAAAUCUGCUCCACAGCGCCGGACUCCUCUGAUUUCAAAUGGAAAAUUCCCAUUUGUUUUCCCACAGACUUCUGGAGGAAAAAAAUGUAAUAUUGAGAGAGUUAUUUGUGGUCAUAACAAAUAUAAUAGGAAUAAUAAUAGGAAUAUCAACAAUGGAAAUAUCCAAAUGUAGGCAAAAAUAUAAAGUUUAAAGCCUAUAUUUUGACAUGUACUGUUUAUCGUCAUGGUUACGUUACAGCUAAGUAGCCUCUGUCCAUUUCUCUCAGUUAAUAUGAAAACUUAUAGGAUUUUAUUUUCAGAACCAGAAGUGAAACACGUUUUUGCCCCUGUAUUCGAGUGUUUUUGGAGUUUGCAGUUUGCGUAUCGUUUCAUUCCUUCUGUUGAAAUGAUUUUUCUGAAUGUAAAAAACGUGAGAGACCUGAUUUUGGUCUGAGAUGUUCCAUUGAAACUGUUUAAAUAAAGACAAGCUAAACUC